UCAAAGUACAGAUUCAACGAAUUAGAUUAUAAAUUUAUCUCUGUAGCAAUGGCCUUCAAGCUCGCUGUCCUGGUCUGCGCAUUUGCGGCUGUUCGAGCAGGCUUUGUUCCUGCGGCAUACACCGCACAUCCUGCUCCAGUCGCAUAUGCAGCUGCUCCCGUGGUACAUGCUGCUCCGGCUGCUCAUCUCAUACACGCUAGUCCCGUAGCGUACGCCGCCCCAUUCGCCAAAGUUGCCGCUGUCGCCCCGGUCGCUAAAGUCGAGGAAUACGACGCUCAUCCUCAGUACAGCUUCGCUUACGACGUGCAAGACAGUCUAACUGGUGACUCGAAGACUCAACACGAGACCCGCGAUGGCGACGUCGUUCAAGGCUCCUACUCCGUCGUUGACCCCGAUGGCACCAAGCGCACUGUUGACUACACCGCCGACCCCCACAACGGUUUCAAUGCUGUCGUGCACAAGGAGCCCCUCGCCCACGUUGCUAAAGUUGCCAAAAUUGCCGCCCCUCUGACCUAUGCCGCAGUCCCCUUGUGCACGCCGCACCCGUUGUGCACGCCGCUCCUAUUGUGCACGCCGCUCCCGUGGCCUACUCUGCUCCAAUCUACCAUCAUUAAUGUCUUGUCACUAGUCAAUCAAAACCGACGAGUAUUUAUGAAUUAAUUUAAAUCGGAAAAUAAAAACUGAAUACC